CAAUCGCCACUAUCGAUUAUCUCUACGUGUUCUCGGCUGUCUUGCUUGAAUGCAGAUCUCUCACACCGUGCCUGAUAGACAUCCCAGUUUUGCGUGGUUUUGGCUUUGGUAAGCUCGGAACGCCCGACUUAAACCUGCUCGAUAUAAGUCUGGGCGCGAGAACUGUCAGUCACCGUGUUUCUUCACCUUUCCGUGCACACCGGAGAGACCCUCCUGUCGCCGCGAUCUCACACAUAUGUCGCGCCGCCCGCCCGCCAUUGAGGUGACCAGGACGUUGAGCGGAGAAAAGGCGGAGAAGGCGGAGGAUCCCGCGCGCUCGGCGUUGUUGGGCGGUGCCUACACCGCAGCCUUCUCCGCCACCUCUUUGUCUGCUUCUCAGCAGAAGAUCGAUGGGAUCGAGGACAAACUGUCGGUCCCGAUCAAUCAGAGCAACGACACGUAUACCAGUCUCCAAACAUUCUACACUGCCAAUGCCGCGGUUAUCAACACCGCGUCCAGUGCGCUGGCAGCCACGGCGAACAUAGAUGUCAAAUCCAUCGAGGCGACGAUAGCCCGGUUCGCGGAGACGUCGGCGGUGAUCAUGAAGGGUCUGGACGCGCUUGGGGCGGUGCAUCCCUUCGUUGGGGUCGCCGUCACGGCGUUCAAGCUCGUCAUUUCGCUCGACAUUACGCGGCGGCAGAACAACAAAAAAGUCCUCGCGGUGAAGCUCCAGAUGCAGGACCUCAUGACGGUGCUCUUCCAACUUCGUUUCGUCCGCGAUCCAGAGGAUAAAGCUCCUGAUGGGACGACACUGAAAGACCGCAUGUCAGAACUCAUGAAGACGGUCGCGGGCGACAUCACCAGCUGCGCCAAAACGAUCAAGUCCAAGAUCUACGAGGCCAGACUGGCGUCCUAUGUCGCGAACUUCACAGACCACAAGAAAUCGAUCGCCUUCGCGCUGACAAUGCACACGUCGCUCUCGGUCGACACGGCGAACCGAAAGCUCGACGACCAGACGACGCAGUUACAUUCCAUCGAGGUGAAGAUGGAAGCGCUGUUUCGCAAACUCGACACGCCGCGUGAGCGGGAAGUGCAGAGGUUCCUGGAUGAAAACGGCGGCGCGCGGGCCUGCAUCAGCGAUGAGGCCGCACUGGCGCAGCUCGUGGUUAAGAGCGGGGACACGACCCUGGCGUCAAGCACGUCUGCUCAGAUCACCACGACGAAGAAGCUGCUCACGCGGGAGCUGGCCGAGGAUGUCGACGAGGCGUUUCGCAAGAACGAGCGGCUGUUUGACCGCAAGAUGGAGCUGCAGAGCCAACAGCUGGAGGCUGCGAUCGGCGCCAGUGAAGAGCGGAUUGUCAGUGUUCUGAUGGGAGGGGCGCAUGAACGGAUUAUGAAUGCCGAUCUGCAAACGCUCUGGAAAGACCAAGGCUGGAAAGGCAGUGUCAAAGCGCGUUACUUUGUGCUCGCUCUCAACGACUAUUACUCCGAACUCUUCAGCCAGCACGACAUCGCAGAAAGCAUAGCCUCUUCUGUUGCUGGAUCACCCGUCGUCUCCCCGAUCGAUGUCAUUGCGGAACUAGCUGGAGUAGAGGAACACAAACAUGAUGACCGCUGGGCGCUCAAGUACAUCAACGUGACUCACAUCCAGUCCAAGCCCAUCCUCGAGACAGUGGAUGACGAUGGAACAGGCUUCGUCAGCAUCAAAGAGGCCAAUGAAUUUGCACAGUCUCGGCCAGAUGGAUGCAGGCAUGUGAUAUCUAUCAUCGCUUUCAUAUUACGUACUGAAAACAAGCAGUCUACUGUCGUGGACAGCGUACUGGGCCGCUGGCUGGCACGCCUCUGUAACCUGGCACAAAAACCGGAUCUAUUCGCUACUCAGGGCGAUGCUCAACCUCCCAACGAACGCGCCGAAGCCCAUCUUACGCGCAAACAUACAACGGACCGGGAUAAGGAUCUCACGAAAGUCAGGGAGGAGAUCCAGGACUACGAAAACAAACGGAUUCAAGACCAGCUGGACACUCUGGGGUAUGAGUUGGAUGAUGCGGGUUUGAGGCUGAUCACCGGGAACAAGCGUAUUGAGAGGUUCAUUUAUCCUCUGCUGAAUGCACUUCUCAAGCGGCACUUUGACAUCCUGCGGUUGGCGUGUGUGCAUGUCUUGGAUGACGGCGAUUUCGAUACGAUGACGGGCUCGUUGGGAGUGAUUUUCAAAGCAGUCGAUGAGAGAGUGGCCAACCUGGAAGCCGUUUUCAAGUCUAACUUCUCGAACGUCAAUGAGCGAUUCGGUGGUUUCGCAUUUGGCAUGUUCCAAGCUGGCUAUACCAGAGACAAAACGACUGUCGAUGUCGCCAAGAACAGCAUUGUCCAGUUCAGUCGCGACGACGGAUUCGAGUUUGACACGGAGUCCGAGGACACCGAUAUUGGAGGUUACUCGCUCGAUAUUUUCAAGAAGCUGGAUGACAAGCGCGAGGACAUAUUGAUGUAUCCAACCGCAGAUGGGGUCGACGAUGCGUACGACUUCCAUCUCAAACACCCUGACCCUCCCGCAGAAGCUGGAGAUCAUCUCGCCCUUGCCGGUCGAUGGACCGGGCACCUCCUGUACGACGGACAUGCUGAUGAGGGCACCAUCUCCCUCGUCCUGUCCGUGGGCACAGACAACACACUGUCGGGCGCGGGCGAGAACUUCGUUGACCUCUUAGAAGUGUCUGGCUCUGUCACCCCCGGCGAAGGUUUCAAGACCGAGCUGACGCUGACCAUUUCGUGGCCGGAUGGGUAUUCCGCCGCGUGCAGUGGCCAUUACGACCCAGAAUCAGACACGAUUGCGGGACAUCUGGUCGAGGAUGAUGCCGGGUCGGACUGGGACAGCGAUUCCAGCGAUGACAGUGACGAAGAGGAAAAGGACGCAGAUCAAGGAUCCGACAACGACGAAGACUCUGAUUCUGAAUCCGACGCGAAUACCAAUACAUUCAUCUUCCACCGAACGUCCGCCGAAUCAUAUCGUUUCCGGCCCUCUCCAACUGCCGAGAACCGCGCUGUCGCCCGCUGGCACUUUGCGAUCAGCGCCGUCCUGGACCAAGUUCAACGCAGGAACAUGUCAUGGCGCUGGCUGAAAGCGCGCUUCGCCGAGCGCCGACGUUUCAUCCACCUGAUGACGCGGGACAUAGCGAACGAUCGGGAUCUGACGCCGUGGGCGGCUCUGUCGGACGACGACCUGGCCGAGCUGCGGAAUCUCAAGGCGGUGCUGACGUCAGCGGACGCGCGGUUCUACAACGACGCCGUCGAGCGGGAGCUCAGCGAAGCCGUCGAGCAAGAGCGGGACUGCAACGUGUGCCACAAGCAUAUCAUGGGCUCACGUCUGUUCUGUGUUCAGUGCAUGGACGACAGUUUCUAUAACUGCGCCGACUUCUGCGAGCCGGACAUGGACAAGCCUGCGAAAUGGGGUGAGAACAUCACUCACGCACCCUCGCAUGUCUCGGUCAAGACAAUCCCCCGGCUGCACGAUGGCGACACGGCGUGGCUCGUGCCCGAAGCUAAGACCGUCGCCGCGCGAAUCAAAAAGCAGUUCAAGGACCUGGACGCUCCGGAGAGCGCGAAGACGAAGACAGAGACCGGUCAUGGAGCAAAGAAGGACGUAGUAGAAAAGAAGAAGCCGAAAUGUGUGUGCUGUGCCAAGGAAGUGUCGCUUCCCGUGUGGGUGUGCCUCAGCUGCGUCGAGGACAUCUUCGUCUGCGUUGAAUGCGACAAGGCCAAGCGGCCCUUCCCAGAGGACUCAGGCACCAGCCAUCUGCUGUCGGAGCCGCUUGUGUACGUGCACGACCCGGAGCCUAUCCCUUCAUCAGUCAAGAGCGGGGCAAACGAGGACCCCCGCGUGGCAGAGCUGGAUAGGAAGAUCUCCUUGAUGGAGCAACGGAUGACAGGGAUCGAGGAGAAACUGGAUAGCAUUAUUAAGGUGCUGAUCAAGGACGGUCUUUCUAGUGAUGCUUAA